CCGUUCUCGCCAGCAUGGCGGCGCCCGUUCGCGGCGAGUUCUUUAGUACGACGUUUUGGCCGGGGCGGGGGUCUGGGCUCUAGGCAGCUAGUAUUUAGUUUCACAAUGUUUGGGAACCUGUUUGAAGAGGAUUAUUCCACUGUGUCAAAUAAUCAGUAUGGAAAAGGAAAGAAGUUAAAGAUUACGGCUUUGGCGCCACCUGCUCCUAGAGAGCUCACCAAUUUAAGCGGACUCAGAAAUCAGGGUGGAACGUGUUACCUCAAUUCCCUCCUCCAGACUCUUCAUUUCACACCUGAAUUCAGAGAGGCCUUAUUUUCUCUUGGUCCAGAAGAGCUUGGUUCUCUGGAAGAUAAGGAUAAGCCUGAUGCAAAGGUUCGGAUCAUCCCUUUGCAGCUGCAGCGCUUGUUCGCCCAGCUGCUGCUCCUGGACCAAGAAGCCGCGUCCACCGCAGAACUCACCGACAGCUUCGGGUGGACCUGUGAUGAGGAAAUGAGACAACAUGAUGUGCAGGAGCUAAAUCGAAUUCUCUUCAGUGCUUUGGAAACUUCUUUAACGGGGACCUCUGGCCAUGACCUCAUUAAUCGUCUGUACCAUGGAACCGUUGUUAACCAGAUUGUUUGCAAAGAAUGUAAGAACAUCAGUGAGAAGCAGGAAGACUUCUUAGAUUUAACAGUAGCAGUCAAAAAUGUCUCUGGCUUGGAAGAUGCCCUCUGGAACAUGUAUGUAGAAGAGGAAGUGUUUGACUGUGACAACUUGUACCACUGUGGAGCGUGCGGCCGGCUGGUGAAAGCAGUGAAGUCCGCCAAAUUGCGUCAGCUGCCUCCAUUUCUUACCAUUUCAUUACUGAGAUUUAAUUUUGAUUUUGUGAAGUGUGAGCGCUACAAGGAAACAAGCUGCUAUUCCUUCCCUCUCAGGAUCAACCUCAAGCCUUUUUGUGAGCAGAGUGAAGUGGAUGAUGCAGAGUUCAUAUAUGACCUCUUCUCAGUCAUUAUCCACAAAGGUGGCUGCUAUGGAGGGCACUACCAUGUGUACAUUAAGGAUGUUGAUCAUCUAGGAAACUGGCAAUUUCAAGAGGAACAAAGUAAGCCAGAUGUGAAUUUGAAAGCUCUUCAAAAUGAAGACGAGGGUGAUGAUCCACUGACAGUUCUAAAAGCAGUCUUACUUCAGGAGGAGAGCAAUCUAAUUCCUGUUGAUCAACUGGGCCAGAAACUCUUGAAAAAGAUAGGAGUAUCUUGGAACAAGAAGUACAGAAAACAGCAUGGACCAUUACGAAAGUUCUUACAGCUCCAUUCACAGGUAUUUCUGCUCAGCCCAGAUGAAAGUACAGUUAGUCUCGUGAAGAAUCUCUCCAUCCAAGCUGAGUCUGAUUUCCAAAGAAACCAUGAGCAGAUCUUGCAUAUGCUGGCUUCAGAGCCCCCCAGAUUAAAUGAUGACACCAUCUGUUCCCACUGGUUUGAUAUCAAUGAUUCCAAAGUUCAGCCAAUCCAGGAGAAGGAUAUCACACAGCAGUUCCAGGGUAAAGAAAGUGCCUAUAUGCUGUUUUACCGGAAGUCCAAGUUGCAGAGACCUGUUGAAGCUCGAGCUAAUCCAAGAUACAGGGUUCCAUGUCAUUUGCUAGCAGAAAUGGAUGCAGCUAACACUCAACUACAAAUUAAAAGGGCAGAACAUGAUUCUGUAAACAAUAAUUUUGAAUUGCAUCUCCACUUGGGCUCUCAUUAUUAUUUCUUCAACGGGGCUCUUCACCCAGUUAUUUCUCAGACAGAAAGUGUAUGGGAUUUGACUUUUGACAAAAGGAAAACUUUAGGAGAUCUCCGACAGUCAAUAUUUCAGCUAUUAGGGUUUUGGGAAGGAGACAUCAUUCUCAGUAUUGCAAAGCACCUGCCAGCAGGACUUCAUGUGUAUCAGACCCUCGAUGGAGAUGAGCUGGCACUGUGUGAAGCGGGAGUGGCUGAUGGGGAAGACAUCUUUGUAUGGAAUGGGGUGGAGGUUGGCGGAGUCCACAUCGAGACGGGGCCUGACUGCGAGCCUCUGCUGCUAAACGUGCUUCGUCAGGGCACUGGCGCAGGUGCCGAGUGUGAGCAGCCGGUGGAGUUGCCGGUGGUCGUCCCAGCUAACGCGGAAGUGGGCUCUGUGCGCACGGCCUUGGCCCUGCCCGAGGGCGUCAUUCUCAUGACCAUCACCGGGCCUGCAGAGGAGGAACGCUGGGCCGCUAUUCCCAGGGAAGACCUGAAGAAGACAUUCAGAGAACAAGGUCUGCGGGAUGGAAGCUCCAUUUUAGUUCAGGAUUCCAACACUGAUGAUAAAAGUUUCUUGCCCAAACAAGGGACAUGGGUCACCAGUAUGGAUGAAAUCAACUGGAUCCAGGUGAAAAAUCUAUGUCAGUCAGAGCCUGAUGGGAAGCAAGUGAAAGUAUCGGCGUCUGUUAAUGCAGUGGUGUAUGACAUUCGAAUUAAAGCCAUAAAGGAUUUUAAAUUAAUGACAGAUCUAGCUGAGACCAGCUGUUUGAGACCUAUUGAUAGCAACGGAAAGCUUCUUUGUCCAGUGCCAGACAGUUCCACCUUGAAGGAAGCAGAAAUAAAGAUGGGGAGCUUGCUAGGCCUGUGUCUUGGAAAGGCACCAACUUCCUCUCAGUUGUUCCUCUUUUUUGCUCUGGGGACUGAUGUUCAACCUGGAGAGGAAAUGGAAGUCAUAGUAGAAGAGACAAUCUCAGUAAGAGAGUGUUUAAAGAUAAUGCUGGAGAAAUCUGGUCAGCCAGGAGAUAUGUGGCAUUUACGAAAAAUGGAUUGGUGCUAUGAAGCUGGAGAGCCUUUAUGUGAAGAUGCAACACUGAAAGAGCUUAAGAUCUGUUCUGGGGAUACUUUGCUUUUAAUUGAAGGAAAACUUCCUCCUCGGGGCUUCCUGAAGGUGCCCAUGUGGUGGUACCGGCCUCCAGGGCCGUCAGGACAGUGGGCGAGUCAAGACCUGCCCAGCCACGCCGCUCCGCAAGUCAGCAGCCGGCAAGCUGUUCCCACCCGAGGUGCUCCUGGCCACGUUCCCUUGGAAGUUUCUCUCCUCUACUUGGGCGAUGUGGAGAUCUCAGAGGAGGCCACGCUGAGAGAGCUGAAGUCACAGUCUGUUCUAAUAUGGCAUGUGUUACAUGCUAUGGUCAGGGCCAUGGCCUUGCCCUUUGCCUCAGGGCUCGCGGUCCAGUCCCCAGCUCUCCUGAGAGCCUGGGCCAUGGAGAGCAAGCGCCCCAGCAGGCUCCUGCGCACCAACGGGUGUCGGCUUAAGGAAUAUAAACUAGGCCGGAGAACAGAGAUCUGCCUAGAACCCCUCCAGAAAGAAGAAAACCUGGGCCCUCAGGACGUGCUGCUGAGGACACAGCUGCGCAUCCCAGGGGAGAGGACCUACGGCCCAGCUGAGGACUUGGUGUGGGACACUGCCCGAGGCUGGACUGCCGGCUCCCUGAGGCAAAGUGUGGCCAAUUUCUAUUCUCUACCUGUGGAGAAAAUCGAAAUUGCCAAAUACUUUCCUGAAAAGUUUGAAUGGCUUCCAAUAUCUAGUUGGAAUCAGCAAAUUACCAAGAGGAAAAAGAAAAAACAAGAUACCUUGCAAGGAGGACCAUAUUACUUGAAAGAUGGAGACACUAUUGGGAUUAAGAAUCUCCUGCUUGAUGACGAUGAUGAUUUCAGCACAGUCAGAGAUGACAUUGGAAAAGAGAACCAAAGACAGCUGGGUCUGGGGAGAAAGAAAAGCCGAGAAGCCCUCCGUGCACAGAGCAGUGAUGUCUUCUCCAACGCGGGGACGCCCACCCGGUCCCGAGGACCAGAAGCUUCUCUGUCCAUCCACGUUGGGAGCUUCAGGUAGCGCUGGCAGCAGGGUGCCUUCCAGCUCAGCAGUCUCUGCUGCAGGCGCAGCCGUCCGUCCCUUUGCUGACAGCGGCCUUGUGGGUUUGUGGGCGAACAGGCUGGCUGACUCCUCUCUGUCUAGCCAAGUGACCACCAGCUCUGACACACCAGCCCAUGGGUCUCCCAGACCUGCAUGCUAUGCAGAUGCCAACCACUGCUGACCUCCCAUGCUUGGUCCCAUUGGCCUUUUUCCGUUUACUCCUGAAACUCAAUGGCAAGCUGCUCAAAUCAGACAAGUCGGCCUGUCAGUCACACUGUAGAGGUGACCACCUAGUCUAGUGACAGGCUCGGGCACCUUGUGUCACGCUGCAGGCAGCCAGGCCCAGGAGGCUGUGUUGAAAGGGUGUGUGCCUAACUUCACUGCCCACAUGACUGGUGUUCAACAUAUGACAUGGUCCGAACUUUGGACCAAGUUCACACUGGGGCUCCAGCGCUGCAGCUCUCCAGAGCCAGUGACUGGACGGCCGGAGGGAGGGAGGGUGGCGUGGUGCCCAGGCUGCGCGGGGGUCACCGGCUGUGGAGCGGUUGCUGCCGCCUGCGGCAGUUUCUUACCGUCCCAACGAGGCCUGGCAGCAGGCCAGGCUUCCUUGUCCUGGGUGGAUCUUGAUCCAUAGAACUAGUCAACUGAAGGGUUUAGUCCACAUGUACCGUAACUGUAAUACACUACACAACACUGCACUUGCGUAACUAAAGCUGGCUGACCCGGGGUUCCGGGUCUUGUAGAGGCAGCACUCCCAAGACGAGUCCAUCCUUUGCUUUCGUUGUCAUCACAGUCCACUGCUCGUCAGCUCUCACUACAUGACGAACAGAACCAAGGUGACAAGACAGGGAGAAAAUAGCUCUGGCACAGGCUUCUACCGUCCCCUUCCUGGCUCAAGGCUGUUCACCUCCGGGGGUGGCUGCGCUGUCCCGUAGCACACAUACUCAGCAGGUGACUGCCCUACCGUGUGUUCCCAGCACUGCUGGAGACAGGCCUUCGUCUUCUCUGCGCAUGUGCCAGAGACAUGCUGUCACUAAGUUAGGUGUCUGCUUCUAUUGAAGCACUGCAUUUUAAGCCAUUGAACUUGGACUGUCUGGUUCUCACAAACUUCACAUGUGACCUUUAGGGCCACAUCUUAGCUGCACACUGAUGAGUUCCAGGAGGCCCUAACUGUAAACAUGACUUAACUGCAGCCAGCCCUCCGGUGAGGGCUGUAACUGAUGCAGUUUCUUAGUACACCCCUUCAUCUCAUCUUAAAGCAAUAAAAUACCGAUGUAAUAAAGAGUUGAGGCGCUUUAUUUUCAGGAAGCCAGAGCCUUCUUCCUGAACCUCCCAAACUCCCAGAAAAGCCAGUGGAUGUGCCUAAAAUGCUGGCAGCGGCCUGCACCAUUGGCCGGACUUUCUUCUGUGUGUUUUAUUCUUUGAGUUUAGAAAGAGAGUGAGAUGAAUAGACAGAAAGCACUAAGAUUUUAUUAAAGAGAAAAUAAACCAUUUCUAAAGCUGUAA